UGCAUAAUAACACGUCGUGAGAAACCACUGUUUGUUUGCUUACAUUUAUUUAUUCACCAGUUCACCAUUAAACCUCUUAAAAAGCCCUGAAUUCGUAGCAUUUCUAUGUCGGAGUAUUUAUAACGACGACUAUGAAGCUCUAGUCGUCAAACUGGGCCUACAAACAGAAUAGUAGACGUUUUAUUAGGGAACGAGCUGCAGCUAGAGGACCUAACGCUAGCUUAGCUUAGCUUAGCUCAGUUAGCUAUCUGGCUAACGGUAAGCUGACCCGCCACACGGGGACCGGAGUCUGUGGAGCCGCUGUUAGAAGCCCCCUGCCCGGCAGCCAUGGCUUCAGACGGCCUCAGCGUGUCCUUCCUCCAGUACGAGCUCGCCUCCACCAUCGAGCAGGCGGUGCGCUGCGCCGUGGAGACAGUGCUCCGGGAGACUACGCGGGUGGUGAGCGCUAGGAUCACAGCGGCGCGGGACGCCGCGGCCGAGUCCCGCCGGGAGAACCGAAGCCUCCGCGAGAGGCUGGAAGCGAGCGAGGGGGAGCUGAAGGCCGUGCGCUACUACGUGUCCGCCGCCGAGAAGAACAUAAAGCAGUGCCUGCUUCUCGACCAGAGGCGGCCGGGAGUCGAGGGCUCGCCCACGGCCGCUUUGGCUCACAGUGAGGGGGGCCUCCUUCAGCUCCAGCGCGGGAAGACCCUGCGGAGCGCCGCGGCUCGGAGCCACGGAGGUAAAACCGUGCCGAGUGUGGGACUCUGUCUGCCCACAGUGCAGGGUGACUGGCCCCGCAGGAGAGUGAGGAUAGCAGCAGGGAAGGAGGCCACAAGCUCCAGAUUACCAGUGGAGCCGGAGUUGGUGAUGGAGAGAACUGAAGGAGAAAUAGAGGAGUAUUACAUCUCGGAGGAAGGUGUGGCUGCUAAAGAUUACAAGGCCCCUUCCAGUGCAGUGCAAGAUUAUGUGAGAGUUCAAGAGGACCGGGAAACAGCAGGCUCAUCUGCAAAGAUCUCUGAUGACACAUCCAAUCUAAGCAAGUAUGACUUUGAUAUUGGUGCUACUGCUGGCAACGUAAAUGAUCUGGGCAUCAUUCAGGUAAUGGAUGGCAGUGAUGUCAAACAGAACGCUGUUAAAAUUGAAGACGAUCCUGAGCCGCAGUCUUUAGAGCCUCCAGUGACAGACUCAGUGGCCACUUCCUCAUCAUCACUGUCCUCAGCGGCGACCACUGUACAAGCUCAUCCCCAGAUUAGCGAAAGUGAAGUCCUGCUGGGCUUGAUGCCACCUAUAGAGGGCGACAUCACCAUUGCAAGCCCAGCAGAGUUCCAGAGGGACAGUGCUGACAAAGUGCACCGAUGCAACGUGUGCGGACGUGGAUUCCGUCGCUUCUAUUGCCUGAAGACACACCAGCGUAUUCACACAGGUGAGCGGCCAUACCCGUGCCGCUUUUGUGAGAAGCGCUUUCGCCACCUGGACAGCCUGCACAAGCACCAGCGCAUUCACACAGGUGAGAGGCCAUACCGCUGUGCACUCUGUGGCUGCUGCUUCCGGGAACUAGGACAGCUCAAGAAACACCGCCUUAAACACUCGCCCACUGGUGGAGCAGGCAAUAUGACUGCCGCUGCGCAACUUCCUACCAUCUCACUACUCCAGUCUGGAGCGUCAUACGUCUGGCCGCAUCUAAACCCCCAGUCUCUGGACUCCUGAAAGCCUUUUACACACGAAACAUGAUUUAUUCAAGCUCCCUUUCCCUAGACGAGGAUAUCCCCCUUCUGAUGAUGUAGCUUAAAUCUGGGACAAACUUAUAAAACCUGCUUGCACUUUGGGGGAGAUACUUGAGGGCAAGGUCCUUAAAAUGUUUAGUGUGUUGAAGGUCUAGAUGCAGAGAACUGUUAGUGCCUGUUUUACACUUAGUCUUGUUGAUACAAUUAAAAAAGGCACACUGUUGCCACAGUGUGUAGCAUUUGUGGCAUAGCGAAAUGUACAUGAAUGUUCAAAAGUACAUUGUGCGUAGGGAUGUUUCAGUAUCCAGGGAUAUGUUAAAAUAUCUGGUCUCAGAUAUUUUAAGCCCAGUCCAGUUCUGAUCCUUUUGUCUUUAUUGUUCUAACAGAGUGUACUCCAGUGUCAUUUAGGUGCUGUUAUCAGACAUUUGAUUGUUACAUAUAUUUUCUCUAGAUGUUUGUCAACUUUCUGCAAUUUUUGUCCAUUUUGACUGUUAAAAAAUGUUCAUGCUGUAUUAACAGGAUUUAUGUACAUCUUUCUGUUAUCAAACCAGAGCGCAGAAGGUUAAUGCAUAUGUGUUAUGGAAACCAAGUCAUAGCACAUUCGCCACACUUUUUCACAUCAGCAUUUGACAGACAACAGUUGUCAGUUUAGACUGAGCAUCACUAGGAUUCUGGUAAAUGACUAUAUUAUAAUUGAAACUCAGAUCUGGAUUGGGGCAUCCCUAGUUCUGUGUGGAUUAAACAACACUACAAAAUGAAGAGUAAAACAGGCCUACUGUGGGGAAAGACUUUAGUGAUGUGACUCAAACUGCCCUACUGUAAAGUGUGACAUUAUAAGGAACUUCUUUUUUUGUCUAUAUGUGCUGCACUAUGAUCUGCUGAUAUUGUUGGCUUGACUCUGUACAUAUGUUUGAGGAUAUGUACAUGAUGUGAGCAUAAUAAAUUGAUGGCUCCUUACUGA